UCCCUCUCCCUUUAAGUGGGAGGUGAGCGUUGUGGACCGUGAGUGUUUGGAGCAGCAGACCGAUAGAAAGUCCCCACUGCGCUCUAUGUCUCCAAAACAUUUACGCACGGCAGCUGUACACCUCCUUUCCCCCGACAUCCAACCACCACCACCACCCGGCUCUUCUCCACCGUGCAGGACCGGAGCCUCCGUCCCGAAAGAAGCCCCGGUGCCGUGAAUGCGCUGAGGAAUUAAAGCGCGAGAGGACGGACGGAAGUUUUUUUCUUUCUUUUCCCCCGUGGAGAGUUCAGGGCACACCGGGACUGAAUGGUUGAGCCCAGCCCUCCAGCACUGCACCUCCUCUCAGGUGGGGAUGUCAACAUGGCCUGUGUCGGCGUCAAAGUAGAACAGGAGGAGUGCGGUGGAGGAGUCGCAGUCAUUACUAACACUGAUCCUCCUAAGAGGUCUCCCUCACGUGAUUGGCCGGGAAAUCAUCCGCUUGAGGCCCGCCAGUUGACGCCACCGCUCUCCCGAUCCCCUUCGGAGGGCUCUCCAGGUAAGGAGCUGCCUCACAGGCUAAGCCCACUAGGACUGAAGGAAGCAAGGACACAUGGUCGACCUGAGGGACAAUCCAGCUUCAAGGAAGUAAUGCCGACCAUUGAGAAGCUGCUGAAUGCUGACUGGAAGGAGAAACUUCUGGAUAAAAGCUCAGUGGGAGCAGGACAACUGAAAGGUACCCCCGAGGCUCUGGCAGAAAAGGAGCUCCAGUUGCUGAUGAUGAUCAACCAGCUGAGCGGUCUGAGGGAGCAGCUCCUGGGAGCCCACUCUGAGCAGAGGAACAUGGCCGCCCUGCUGCUGGAGAAACAGCAGCAGCAGAUGGAGCUGGCUCGACAACAGCAGGAACAGAUCGCCAAGCAGCAGCAGCAGCUGAUCCAGCAGCAGCACAAGAUCAACCUGCUUCAGCAGCAGAUCCAGCAGGUGAACAUGCCCUACGUGAUGAUCCCGGCUUUCCACCACAACGCACAGUCCCUCCAGGUCUCCACGGACCCCCAGAUGACAUUGCCACUGCAACCAAUCCCAUGCAAACCAGCAGUGGACUAUCCCAUGCAGCUGCUGCCAAACCCUCACGCCACCCCCGCCAAGAGGAGCAGUGGUUCCUUCCGACAGGAAGCCAGUCAGCCCUUGAACCUGACCUCCAAGCCGAAGGGUCUGGAGCUGGGGAAAACCCCGAGUCCGCAGAGCCUGGAGCUGGGAGCGCUGGGGCUGCACGGAGGGUACCGGCACAGAGACGUCCAGAGAGAAACGUCCCGAAGCCCGCAGCGAACCACCCUCAGUUUCCUCGGAGACGGAGACGUGGUAACUCAGGCCAUCCACGACGCCCAGCAGCUCCUGAGGGGCCACGGCAGCGGGGGCCGAGACAGAGACAUGGAGCGAGAGAGGGUUGGUGGAGGCAAGAUGGAGUACAAGGAAUCUCCCCGCAGCGAGAGGAUUUCUCACGUGGAGCGAGGCGAGGAGCACCUCAGCAGUGACUCUGAGGGCCUGCCCAACUCUGUCCCAGGCAACUACACUGAGACCCGCCCCCCCCCCUCUUCCGGCCACAUCAAGAGACCCAUGAACGCCUUCAUGGUUUGGGCCAAGGACGAGCGCAGGAGGAUCCUGCAGGCCUUCCCCGACAUGCACAACUCCUCCAUCAGCAAGAUCCUGGGCUCCAGGUGGAAGGGCAUGUCCAACCAGGAGAAGCAGCCCUACUACGAGGAGCAGGCGAGGCUGAGCAGGCAGCACCUGGAGCGCUACCCCGACUACAAGUACAAACCCCGGCCCAAACGCACCUGCAUCGUGGAGGGGCGGAGGCUGAGGGUGGGCGAGUACAAGGCCAUGAUGAAGAACCGCCGGCAGGAGCAGAGAGCGACCUACACACACAGUCAAACAGACCCCCAGCAGCUCCACUACCCCCACAGCGACGGUCCGUACCCGGGCGGCGCCGGCUCGGUCUCGGUGGCGAACAUGACCUUUCACCCCGCUCUGCUGGAGCACUACCUGCCACAAGCCCCGCCCACUCUGCGGCGGGCGGAGGGCCAGGCCACGCCCAUAUCCCUGCCCAGAGAGAGGGAGCGAGAGAGGGAAAGGGAACGCCCUCCCUACAGCGAGGGGGAGGAGAGUGACGGAGGGGAGAGGAGUGAGGGGGAACUGGUGCUCCUCACGGACUGAACAUGGGAAAGUGAGGGAUGAGAGGGGAGGAGGAAGGGUGAUCUUCUGUCAGAGAAGAAGAAGAAAGGAGGAUGAAGAUUUGUCACCGAAUGAUGGGCAAAGUGAAGAGAUGUCAUAGUUACACCCCUUGUAAAGUAAUUGUUUUUAGUGACACACACACAAAAACAUACAAACACACACAAAGGCAAGCUCUUAUCAUUUCCCUUCAUUGACAUGUCAUCGGUUACUUUGUUUCAUCAUAUUUAAAGUUAUAAUGUAGAAGGUUUGUCCUUUAAUCCCUUUAGCUUCUUGUUUUCCAGCCCCCCAUUCAUCGGAAUAGAGGCUUUAUAGCAUCCCUGUUUUCACCUGUUAGACUGCGGAGUAACAAGCAGUGAUGGAGCUGUAUUAAUGUGUCAGUGCUGCCCCCUGCUGGUGGAGGCUGGGUAUUACAUAGUGAAAACACCCCAGAGGAGUAGCAUGUUUGAGUGUCAAGAUAGCGUGCCACCUGGGAUUUGGCCAAUUUAAUAUAAAUGUGAAGAUUUAGGACAACAAAUUUAAAUAUUAAAACUGUUUUUCAGCUAUUUAGUAUUGCACUUCUAUCCAAAAUUGAGGGCUUAGAUAAUUUAAAUAUUGACAAGUUUAAAGUUGGUCUUUAAUCUAGUUUAAGAUCCAAAAAUCAUACCCAUUUCAAGGCAUAGGGUGGAUUGUCUGGAUAGUGUGUGUAAUUUAAAUGAACAUUAAAGGAGAAAAAUUAACAGAUUAAAGGUGUUUUUUUCAGCGGUUUAGUAUUGCACUUCUAAAAAAAAAAAUGGGAUUAAACUCAUAAAAUACUUUUUGCUUCCAAACAUUUUACAACCCAAGAAAUUUGACUUCUGGAAACAUUUGACAUUUUUCAGACAAAACAACUAAUAACGGGCUGAUUAAUUGACAACAAUUAUACAAACUAAUUGUUAGUUGCAGCACUAGCAGCUGUCAAUCAUUGCUCUACAGUUAGUUAGAAAUCGGUGUGGUAAAUGUUCCAGUCAAGGCGAGACGAAGCUUGUUCGUAUCGUAAAAACAGGAAGAAAAACUGAAGAAAGUUAUGAAAAUGCUACUUUUAAAGGAUAGAAACCUAUUAACAUAACAGAAAAAGGUGAGGGAUCUAUCACUGCAUUCAACGGUUUACAAUCAGACUGCCAAUUUUCAAAGUGUCCUUCCAAAUAAUGUAGAAAAAAGACCCUCCUCUUCCUCGAUCUCCCACAUCAUGCUGUUCAGUUUCGCUGUACCUGCUGUAUUUGUGUUGACCUCAGCCUCACCUGGUUUUUUUAUACCUCUGUGUUUGCUUCUUUGAGUGUUAAUUGAUUGUCGUGUUGAGCACCUCCUAUCUGUCUCUCCAAAUGUCAGGCGUUUGUUUUGUUGCCACUUGAGAUGCAGCACUGCAGAAAAUAUCCACAUACUUUACAUGAAUAUGUUGUUCGUGGAUAUUUUCGUCAUGUUCUUGGUACUAUAGUGCAUCAGGCAUUGUUCCAGGAUGUUUCAAUGGAAUUAGUUGCAUAUUUAAAAGCAAAACAAAGUUAUUAUUUCUUUGCAGUGACAGAUCAAUCGGCCUCCUGUUAGAUUAAGGUGAAGCUCCAGCUGUUGUCGUCUUAUUUCAUCUUUAAUUUUCCCCUGUUUGACAGAGAUCUAAUCACACGUCACAUGUUGUUCAUUGUUAGGAUGUAGCUUAACAAGCUAAUGUGGCUACAAAGAUGAUGAAAAAAGAUCAAUUAAUGGUUAGGAUUUGUUGACAGUGCUACCCAAAGUGAAAGGAUUGGAAGUAGAAACAAAGGUUUUGGGUGACUGAACCACUGUUUAACUUCAUGAGAACACAGACACCAAAAUCAUCCAUGAGUACAUUGUUAGCUCUGAUGCUACGAGCUAAUUUUGCUAGCUGAGGGAUGUUAGGCCCUAUCUUAGCACUUAGCAUACACUGUGUUCGUUUAAUAGCAAUUGGAAUCAAUGUAUUGAUGUUCAAGUAUGCUAAAAACUUAAGUCUGUAUGGCACACAAGUUUGUUAAAGUUAGCGUAGGGAAUGUAAUCACAAGAAUAGUCAAGCUAGCUAAACAUGAAGAGCCAUCGCCACAAUUAUGCUGUGUGUUUUAAAUGGAUGGUGGAUUUAGGACUUUAGGAUCCAAGUUGACUAAUUUGGUUUACCUACAAGUUUUAAGGUCAAAUAUACAUCUUAAAUUAACUGUAGCUUCUAAAAUAUCAAAGCUAACCUACAUGUAAGAUACAAAUAGUGUUAAUGACUAGCUAGCAUCUGCUUGACCUCUUUCCAUUUCAAAUGAGGACGUUUUUGAGACUGUGUUUAUCCUAACAUCAUUCAACAGAGGAUUGUUUAUCCUAAAAUCAUUCAACAGAGGAUUAACAUGAGAUUAUAUAUAAGAGAUACAAAAUAAGGACCAUAAAUAAAGCUGCUAGCAUCAUUAUCUUCAGUAUGUUUAGCUAGUAGCAUGUUGCUAUUAGCCUGGGAUCUUUGCCUAGCUCUUCUGAGCACAUGGCUAGUUUUGGUGUCUUUGUUCUCAUCACUCAGUAGCCAUAUUGACCCAUUAGAAACUUUAGAAAUAAUCCUAGUGUCUAAAUAGCACUGGGGUCAAUCCAUCUUUUAGCUAACGAGCUAACCGCAAGGAUGACAAAUCAAAAUGAUGGGACAAGAUACAUUUCAGACAUCAGGGUUUGGGUUCAGGGCUGUGUAAAGAUGCUGGAUUUUGUGCACAGAGAUGGAUAUCAGAGGAAGAAAAUGUUUAUCUUAUUUUAGUGGAGAUAUGCUGAGGAGUCACCUGUCUUUACCCCUGCUGAUGUAAAUAUAGAAAGAGACUUUAUUUUGUUUAUAAGAGCCUGUGUAAUUUAAAGGUGUACGUUUCUUUAUGUUUUCAGAGUUUUGUGUUGUAUUUUUUUUUUCUUUCUUGAAAGACAAUAAAUUGGUUGUGCUAAA